AUGGCGUACCUGCGUGCCGCAAUUCUGUGGCCAAUUGCGAGACCGGAGACAACCCCUAAAAUCAGGCUUUUCAACGCUACCUUGCACGUGUCAAUCGGAUACAUGGAUGCAAAGCCAUUGACGGAGUCGAUGAUUGUUGGUGAGUGUGGGGCGGACCGACUGGCUGGGUAG